UGCUGUUGCUGCGCGGCGGCGGCGCAAAGCGGACCCGGACGGCGCGAGCGUAGCAGAGCAUCCGCGCCUGUUGCAGCCAGCAGCCAAGAUGAGCGAGCUCCGGCAGAGGCCGGGCCGGGAGGCGGACGGGCAGCAGGAUUCCGAGGGCAAGGAAUCAGAGUUGGAAAACAAGCUGGAUGGAGAAACGGCAUCUGACAGCGAGUGCAAGUCGGAGGUCGCCCCAGCUGCCCCGGUGGACGACACCCCAGAGGUCCUCAACCGGGCCCUGUCCAACCUGUCCUCCAGGUGGAGGAACUGGUGGGUGAGAGGCAUCCUGACUCUGGCGAUGAUCGUCUUCUUUUUCAUCAUCAUUUACCUGGGACCGAUGGUGUUGAUGAUGAUUGUGAUGUGCGUACAGAUCAAGUGUUUCCAGGAGAUCAUCUCAAUUGGCUACAACGUUUAUCAUUCAUACGAGCUGCCCUGGUUCAGGACGCUGAGUUGGUAUUUCCUGCUCUGUGUGAACUACUUCUUCUAUGGUGAGACAGUAACAGAUUAUUUUUUCACGCUGGUCCAGAGGGAGGAGCCCUUGAGGAUUCUUAGCAAAUACCACCGCUUCAUUUCCUUUGCGCUCUAUUUAACAGGCUUCUGCAUGUUUGUUUUGAGUCUGGUCAAAAAGCAUUAUCGACUCCAAUUUUACAUGUUUGGCUGGACCCAUGUGACUUUGCUAAUAGUUGUUACCCAGUCGCACCUCAUCAUUCACAACCUGUUUGAAGGAAUGAUCUGGUUUAUCGUCCCGAUUUCCUGUGUCAUCUGCAACGACAUCAUGGCCUACAUGUUUGGGUUCUUCUUUGGACGCACUCCGCUCAUUAAGCUCUCCCCAAAGAAGACCUGGGAAGGCUUCAUUGGAGGGUUCUUUGCCACCGUCGUUUUUGGCCUGCUACUGUCGUAUGUGAUGUCGGGAUACAGAUGCUUCAUCUGCCCCGUGGAGUUCAAUAACGACACCAACAGCUUCACUGUGGACUGUGAACCCUCCGAGCUGUUUCAGCUACAAGAAUACAACAUCCCGUUGGUGCUUCAGUCGGUCAUCGGCUGGAAAACUAUCCGGAUGUAUCCCUUCCAGAUCCACAGCAUUGCACUCUCCACUUUCGCAUCUCUUAUUGGUCCCUUUGGAGGGUUUUUUGCCAGUGGAUUUAAAAGAGCUUUCAAAAUCAAGGACUUUGCCAACACCAUCCCAGGGCAUGGUGGCAUCAUGGAUCGGUUUGACUGUCAGUACUUGAUGGCCACCUUUGUGAAUGUAUACAUCGCCAGCUUUAUCAGGGGUCCGAACCCAAGCAAACUGAUCCAGCAGCUGCUAACUCUGCGGCCAGAUCAACAGCUGAACAUCUUCAACACGUUAAAGGCACACCUUGUCGAUAAGGGCACGCUGGCUGGUUCUGAGGACGCGUAAGCAUUUGUGCCAUCACCCAGGAUGUGACUGAACAAGGGCAAGCCCCACCCCCGCCCCACCCAAGGAAAUCCUCUUCCAGCUUGCCUGAUUUAGGACAAUAAGCGAGCGUCACGCCUCUCAAUUUCUUUUUUUCCAUAUGAAAGGUUUGCAUUUGUGGUGUUUCGUUUUUUAAAAAAAGUGUAUGUAUCUAUACAGCUAUGGUUUUGAAGCAAACAAGAGGGAGCUUUUAGCUUGGAAGGAAUUGUGGCAUUGAAGAAGAAGCCUGGCUGAAGAUUUUAGAAGGUAGCAUCCCCCUCCUACAUGCAAGGUGGCUUGUCUCCACCCAAGACGGCUCAUUCUCUUUUCUCUUGUAGGGGAGGGAGAUGGGGAAAGUGUGUGCAGAGAAAAAGAAUUGCUGAGCAGUGUCUCCGUAGCCCAGGUAAAAAAUCUGGCGUCUUAAUUCAAAGUGACCUGAGCUCCACCUGACCUUCACCUUCGCUGAGUGGCGAAUCCCGCACGCGUUACAUCUGGCAGAGAGGUAGCACGAGCGGCCCAGGUUCCUGACUUGGUGCCCAGCUCAGGGUGAAGUGGGCAGCGGCUCUCCGUUGCCUCCCUAUGAACUGCACAAAGAUCUGACUGCAUGGAGCAGUUGUCUGACCUUUAUUGCCAUGUGUCAAUCUGUAACAGUAAUUGCAUUUCCACACUCUGAGGGGGGGUUGCAUUCCAGUCCUGUGGACACCCUGGGUCUUGCAAGAAAAUUGGAAGCCAGGGCUCUUCACACAUGGGUCAGCUUGUUAACCGUGAGCACUGAAGGACUGCAAGGAAGAGCAGCACACCCCAAGCUGUGCUCCUGCAAGAGAAAGGUGGAUCCUUCUGUUUUCCCUGGAAGCAGCUGCUUUUGCAUCAUUUUCUGGGAGUAAAAUCCCAGCCAGAGAGGAGCGGAAUUCACUCCCUGCUCUGAUCCAGUUACACAAGCAGAGAUGCAUGCAGAGGCUCUGUUGUCUUUUUGUGGUGUUACCAUGUUCCUUCCAUCACAGAAAUACAACAAGGAAAGAGGAUAUAAAGCCCAGUUUCUGCUGCUGUGCCAUUUUUUAAAAGUAUGGAAGAGGGAACUUACCAGAUCUUUACAUUGCUGCAACAGGUAACAAACUGCUGAGGAAAAACUUGGAAGACUGUUGAAGGCAAGGCAAAUGCUUUUUUUUUUAAUGCAUUGGGCGUUUUAUUUCACAAAUCCUACUGAACUGUUUUUAAGACAAAAAAAGAGAGAUUGCUUUCCUUCAUUUUGGUGAAAGAGAGAGAAAAGUAUAAAAAAUACAAUGGUAUUGAAGUAGGAACCCUGUUCUCCAGAAACUUUAAGAGGUCAAUAGGAGAUUGACAGACACCCACAGGGAAUGUUAAUCAAGCUGGUCUGGAUUUCCAUCGACUUCUGUGUAAAGAUAUAGUAGCUGUCUACCUAGUUUCUCUUUAUUUCCUUCUGUCUGCCAAACCAAAUACUAUCAGAAUUCUAGUUCCCCUGGAAUUGUAAACUUGCAUCUGGACUGUACCACUUUAGAAGGGGGCUGAUAGGACUGGAUGGCUUUCCGCACAGAAACAUUAUUUGUAUAGAGAAAGCCACGUGUUGGGCAGAAAGGCUCUGACCUAGCCUUCUUCCCCGAUGUUACUUUUUCCAUAUGUCAAAAUAUACAUGAAAAUAUAUGUGGAAGAAGGAGCAUUAAAUCAUGUUUACUCCUACAACAGUCUGAAGGGGCUCAGAUUUACCUCUGUCUUGAGAACUAGGCCUAAAAUCAGCUAGCAGAAAAUGCAGACUGCACUAGAUGUUGUGCUUUGGGGAUGCUGCCAUGUAAGUUCCUCUUGCAAUGAUUGCUUCCGGUGAUUUUCUUGACUGCCAAUAUGACGGCUUUCUCUACAGGAGUGAGGAGCCGAUGAGGCUGAGGUGCAUCUGGAGUUAUCCUUGCAACAAUGAGCCCAGGUCACUGCGCCAGGUAGCAAAUGCUUAUGGCCAAGACGUACUCCUAGGCAAAAUUGCUCAGUACAACAUUUAACCACCAGAGUGUGUGCUUGGCAGAAUGUCUGGUGUGUGUUUUUAAACAACAACUACUCUUUUUGAAGACUACACAUUUUUAGUACUUUGUUGCAUAUUGCCUAUUCCAAGAUGGUGUCUCUCAUCCUCCCACCCACCCCAAAAAAGCAUGACCAGAGUACACAUGGGCAGACAUGCAUUUAGACCCCCAUGCAGAACAAAGCUGCUUGCAAAAGGGAAGAAAUGGUAUACAGGAUAAAAGCAUUACUCUUUCUGCCCUGCCUUUGCUCCUGUGUUGGUUUUUUGGCUCCUGAGUAGCCUCAUAGGAAGCAGCCUUUCCUGCCCAGUCAUGCCCCUAGGGUAAGUGCACCCCUGGCCAUUGCUGAAAGACUUUGAACAAUCUCAUCCUCCACCCCCAAAACCAACAAACGCCCCACCACAACCACCAUUUUGAAAAAGAGCUAGCAAAUUUUGGCCGGAGCAUUUUCAUUCGACCUUCUGUGUCAGCAGGCAGCACGUAGUUUGAGCCUUGCUUUUACAAAAUCUCUCCCUCUCUGUUUACCCCGUAGCUAUAAUUGACUUAAGACUUGUCAGGGACCCGUGUUGGGGCAGCUGGUUGGAUUUUGACGCAGAAGCUCAAAGGCGUCACACCCCCUUUCUGAAAAUCUGUGCAAACCUCACAUUGCAACUUGCAAUUAGCUCCAGCCCAAAAGCGUUGAACUCUGUGGCCCGAUGCCUCUGGCAGCUAUUUCCAGAGAGGGGGAGUGACUUUGAAAAAUGACUCAACUUUGCAAGCAUCCUUCAGUUCCAAACUGAGCUCUUUCUGCAUUCAGCUUGUGAGCUGCUUUUUUCACGUUUCUGUUCUGAAUGUUGUGUUUCCCCCUCCCCUUUCUAUAUAUUACACUUGUUUUUGAAACAUAUGAAGAGCUUUCCAAGUAUUCUCUUUUGUUCCAUCCCUAUAAACAUGCCAUUUUUUUUAGGAAAGAAAAAAGACUGAAAAAUGUGGACUCCACUUCUAAUUAAUCGGGGAUAUUUCCAAGGUUUAAAAUAUAAGUCUUAUGGUUUAAACUUAGUGUUGUGCUUUGCAUAAUUCUGGAUGUUGAAGCAGUAACAUUUGCAAAGUUCCUGUUCUUAUGCCCUUUUAUUUUCUCUCCAUAACUCGCAACUAUAAGGAUCAGUUCAGUGCAGUCACCAGAAUCAAGAAGUAAAGCAUUUCUCGGAUGGUACCACUUGAGGCCGCAGAGCCAUGUGGGGGUGUUAACAUGUUUGAAUGCCCUUCCAUAAAAGAAGCAAAACAGAAAAGGCAGAGGAACAGGAUGGCCAGGAGAAGGCCGGGACAAGGCCUACUCCCUCACAUCCUGUUUGCUUCCUCCACACAUACAUUAAAUCUGUGUAUAUGGGGAGGGGGGGACACACGUCACUUCACCCUGCUGGUCCCAUCCCCAGCAUCUGCACGAGGAAUGACACAUUUGAAAAGGGACAGCUAAGAGCAUACUUGUAGAUACUCCAAUGUAAUUGGGACCCUCCUGUGAUUGGGACCACCAGUUGCACAGGAAUCCCAAAUUGUGUGGCACAUUGAUGUGCAUACAACUCUAUGUGUGUCAUCGUUGAAAACACAAAUGGGGUGGUGGGGCCAAUGUUCCCGGCCCCAGCCCUUCCAUUUACAUAAUGUAUGCAUGGAGGAACUGGUGAAAGGAGUUUAUGUCUUGCUUAUUUCACGAUGAAACAUUGAAAUAUAUACUCACCCUUCCACAGUCUCAGGUGGCGCAGUCCACAAACUCUUCCCUUGAUCCCAUGGAUUGUAUAUAUUGGCUUUCAGUCAACCUGUGAUGGAGACAUCCUGUGCUAGAUAUCUGAAGAUGGUGGAUCAAGCAAUGGGGAAAAAGAGACGAAAGCCGCUAAUUAUAGAUGCCAAUCCAUUUGCUCUUCAAAAAUCGCCACUCAAAUGUUUUCCACUUCAAAGCUUAUAAUUCAAUAAAGGACAUUUUGUAUGCUGCAUUUCACAUUCUCCUAACACCAUUGCUUCCUCACGUAUUCCUGGUUGGAACAGUGGUUUAUGACAGCUGCUGUGACCCCUCAAGGCCACAGGAAUAUUAAGGCAGAUAAGAGAUGGGCUGUAGCUGUUGUUGUCCUGUUUCCUACGCAUCUUUUCAUUUUACUACGUAGCGGGGCUUUAGUGCUCUGGAUGGUCUUUGCUCAUUCUUAAGAGCAAGGAAAGACUGAGUACCAGGUAAAUGAAUGCUCCUUGCAUCUUAGUGGCACAAGCAAAAUGUGUGCAAAGUUAAAGCUGGCCCCUGCUUUGGACCAGUUUCAUGACCUGCAAAUGGCUUUCAUGCUGCCCAAGAACUGAACAGAUAACCUCAAAAGUGGCCUUUGAGGUGAGUUAGCCUGUCCCAGCAGCGUUGCUUGGCACUGUUAUCAUUCACUGCUGCCUGCCCUUCAUGCGGUAGAGUUUAAUAAGCAAUGUUAGGAAGUGAAGGAGGAAGGAGUGCUUGUAGGGAGGGGGUGGAGCAAUGUGAUCUGGCAUUUCCUGUUUCCAGUUGAACAUAGCUGCUUGGGUGUUGACCAGCGCGAGGCAAAUAGGGCUUCAGAUAGGCUGAGAUACACUCCCCCCACCAGCCCACAUCAUGGCCCUGCUCAGACGAAACUGUUCAAAUGUGAACAGGAAGUGAAGGCUGUGUAUCAUUCCGUGCUUUUUAAAAAGCUCUUAUGGCUUACUCCUGAAAGAAAUUAGGCCAUGAAUGAAAUCCCUCUCGCACAGUACUCUUGUCUAGACUGUAAGUUGUUCAAACAUCAGUUACUUUUGGCUCAAAAGGUCGCUGUAGCCAUAAAGUAAGACUAGAGGCACACACAGACCCACACUUUGGGCUCCUGACUGAACAUUGCCUCAUAUGUAACAAAGCACAUUGUGAGAGGAUGAGCUGAUGCAUGAAGCUGCUUUUACUCCCACAUCUCCACGGUGGCUGUGCUACCUGUGACACAUUGACUGCCCUGCACACAGCCAUCUUCAAGUGGUGGUCAGUCCAUAGCACUGAAGCCCCGUUGACGUGACUCUAAUCCUUUCCUAUUUAUUUGGCUGCCAUUUUGGUGAAAUUCUAAGUGCUGCAGGGUUGCAUCUCCUAAGAGUGAUCCAGGCUUCUAGCAGCAUAGUUUGGGGGUUGCUUCUUACGUUACGCUUUUCUGAUGCUGCGUAGGUUCAGCCUCAUGUGUGGCUCUUGGAGACACCUGGGAAUUGAUGGGCACAUUCCAAAACCUACAUCCAUGGAGCGAUGCAAGAGCCAAUCCUGUGUGUUCUUCAAUGUGCUAGCAUUUCUAUUGCAAAGAUGCUGGAGUGUCAAGUUAUCAGCGCGGAACAGACUAAACACGUAGCGUUUAGUCUUUAAGUGCCAGCAUUUUGUUGUGACAUUAGAAGGUGUUGGAUUUUAAGUUUUGUUGUUAUUUUUAAGUGUGGCAUCUUGGUUCUCAUUUUGUCAGUUCAAAGAGGGGUGUGGUCAGUUGACAGCUUUCAGGAAGGGCUGCCUUUUGAGUCUUACGUAACAUGUUGUCCAGUGGUGCAGUUGUCCACACAAACACUGAAGGGAGUGCUGGUUCCUCUGAGGAGCAAGAAAGCGGGAUGGGGUAACUUUGGAGUGGCAUCUUUUUCCUGCCCAAAUGGAAGGUGGGGUUCUUACUUUGAUUGUUUGUAAAGGCCAAAAUGAUGUUGAUGUUUUUUAUGAUGGUGAUGAUGAUAUGAAUGGGCAAGGUAGCAAAAGGCAGUUGGAUAUGCAGUGGAAUUCCUUAAUGGGCACUUAGGACUGCACCUGUAUCUUGAUCUUGUCUGCAGUGAAUAAGAGUACUUUGGGGUGGUACAUUGGCAUUCCAGUUUCAGCACUAGAAUUUCACAUUCUUGGGCCAAACAACCAGACCAAGCAAUUCCAAUGUCAUGGUGGAGCCAGCCUUAUUGGCUGACAGAGGCGCUCCACCUUCUCCUUGUCAAGCCAAUGGGAGCUGGAGGUGUACUGCAAACCUGAGCCAGCCCCUGACCACCUCUGAGGGCUCACCUGAUGGAGGUGGGCCCAGACUUUGGGGCCAUUUAGGAGAGUCGGUGUGAGGGGAGGGAAUUUCGUUCCCAAGGACCAGGCGCAAAGUGGUAUUUCCCAUUCCUGAGCCAAAUGCAGUCAAAAGAGAGGCACUGGCAAGAGGUGGGUCAGGGAGGUGACUCUGGGGCCAAAGGUUGACAGUGGAACUUUGGGUAAGAUUGGGAAGGUUGGGCUGGGUGGAAAGGGGUGAGGGUUGAUAGGGCAAUGGGGAAGCAGAAGUCUCAAUUGCAAGUUCAGCUUUCUUCAUCCCCCCCCCCCCGAAAAAAACUGCUACACUUUGCUGAGUGGAAAUAUGGGAUUUAAGGCAUAGGAAACUAGCAGCCCUUGUUUACAGUGGAGGCUGAUGGCUCCAGUGUCAGUGGUGCGGUGAUGUCAGCGCGGAGCACCUCGGAUAUCUCCUUUAGAGUUCUGACUGAAACCCAGAGCAGAUUCACUGUCCCACUGACAUCACAGACACCAACCUCCACUGCUUGUUUGUGACACUGCCUUACACAUGUUUGGAAGAGGUGGUGCAGAACUCAGGUUCUAGGGAAUUCUCUUGCUGCCCUUCGUACUAGCAGAAAUAAAGACUAUGCCCUCAGGGAGCCUGAACCUGGAGCCUACAUAAGACUGGAAACAGCCUCUAAGUUCUGUAAUUGCCUUUUGACACCAGGUUUCCUGUGCAUCAACAGUCUCCUAGCCAUGCUUAAAAUUUCCAACCUCUGCCCCACACUUUCUUCGGCUAGCAGCUCUGUAGGUUGGGAGGGGUAGCAUAGCUUGACAGCAGUCACAAGUGCACCGUAUCUGAAGCUAGCAAUACCAGUCCUCGUCAGCAUGUGUGUGUCAGUGAGAACUUGUGAACACCUUAAUGCCUGUCGUCCUUUCAGAAAACACACUUUGUCCUACUGCAAUUUCUUCCCCCUUCCAUCCCCGUGGUUCCUGUUCUGCAAAUUCAGUGUAUUUAUUCUAUCCCUGCAAUCUGCUGAUUUCUUUGUGCAUUGUCUUAUGAGGGAGGGAUGACAAUGGGUAUUUUUCUUAAUUAUUUUUUAUUUUAUUUUUUGCAAAUACACAUAGGCUUGCCUCUGGGUUUCUUUCUUUCUUUCUUUGACUGUCAGAAUGUGAAAUAUUGUAUAAAAAGUAUUUUACCCUAUUUAUAUACUGUAAUGUUAUUGUUCAAUAAAAUGUCUCUGAAUUAA